AUGAUGAACUCCAACUCCAUCUCCAUCUCCAUCUCCAAGAAGUCGACGAAAAUCACGAAAGUAGUCAUGUUCCCUUGGCUCGGUUACGGCCACAUCAGCCCCUUCCUCGAGCUUGCCAACAAAAUCACUUCCACCGGCCGUUUCAAGGUCUACCUCGUCUCCACCAUCGCCACCCUCUCGUCGGUCGAGCACAAAGUGCUUGACCGAUCGAUCAAACUCAUCCCGAUUCUCCUUCCCGUCACUCCCGACCUCCCGCGCGCUCUCCACACCACCAACGGGCUCCCUCCGGCCCUCAUGUCGAGCCUCAAAACCGCCAUGAAUUCUCCCGACACAAUUUCUGAGUUCUCCGAGAUCCUCUCGGACCUCAAACCCGACCUCAUCAUCUACGACUUUCUCCAGCCAUGGCUCCCGGGCCUCGCACGGGACCUCAGCAUCCCGGCCGUCCAGUUCGUCACGAGCAGCUGCACGAUGGCUAGUGUCAUGUGCCACUAUUUCAAGAAUUUGGCCGGCGACCUACCCUACCCGUUCCCCGAAAUCCGGUUCCGUGAUUACGAAUCCCGAGAGAUCGAAAAAAUGCUCGAGUGCGGUAAACACCCCACCCAACGGGACAUGGUUUUCCGCGGGAUCGAGGAGUCGUGCGGUCUCGUCUUGGUGAAGGGCUUUCGUGCCAUGGAAGGCCCGUACAUGGACUACGCGGGCUCUCUCGUCGGGAAACGGUUCGUCCCGGUGGGCCCGCUCGUCGAAUUUCCGGACAAGAAAUCAUCCGACCGGCAAGGCUCGGAAAUCCUGUCUUGGCUAGACUCCAAGGAGAGGAAGUCCACCGUGUUCGUCUCCUUCGGGAGCGAGUACUUCCUGUCGAAGCGCGACAUGGACGAAAUCGCCCUCGGGCUCGAGCUCAGCGGGGUCAACUUCAUAUGGGUCGUCCGGUUCCCGAAAGACUCGGGGCUCAACGGGCACGCGCUCGUCCGGUCUCUUCCUGAAGGAGCUAGGGUUUCCAAGGAGCACAUCGAGGAUGAAGAAGAAGCUGAAAUGAAGGAAGACCGAGAUUUUUCCCAUGGAUCAUCUUCAUCAGCCGCAGCAAGCUUGUACGAGAUUCUUGGGGUGGAGAAAACUGCCUCUCAGGCAGAGAUAAAGAAAGCUUACUACAAGUUGGCUUUGCGCCUGCAUCCUGAUAAAAAUCCCAAUGAUGAGGAAGCUAAGGAAAAAUUCCAGCAGCUACAAAAGGUCAUCUCUGUUCUUGGUGAUGAGGAAAAACGUGCUGUAUAUGAUCAGACUGGAUGUGCUGAUGAUGCUGACCUAGCAGGAGAUGUCAUCCACAACUUGCGGACAUUUUUCAGGUCCAUGUAUAAAAAGGUCACAGAGGCUGAUAUUGAAGAGUUUGAGGCAAACUACAGAGGCUCUGAUUCUGAGAAAAAAGAUUUGCUUGAGCUGUAUAAAAAAUUGAAGGGCAACAUGGAGAAGCUUUUCUGCUGCAUGAUUUGCUCUGAUCCCAUGCUAGAUUCCCACCGCUUCAAGGAUAUGAUUGACGAGGCCAUUUCUGAAGGUAAAUUGAAGUCAAAAAAGGCGUAUGAAAAAUGGGCCAAGAAAGUAUCCAAAAUAAAGCCUCCUACAAGCCCAUUGAGACGUAGAAAGAAAUUGAAGAAAAAUCCAGAAGACUUGUAUGCAAUAAUAGCACAAAGGCUAAACGAGAGGAAAGGAAAGCUUGACUCCAUGUUCUCAUCUCUUGUUCAAAAAUAUGGUAGCCAUGAAUUGGCUCCAGAGCCAAGUGAAGAAGAAUUUGAAGCUGCUCGUAGAAAACUUGAAAGUCGAAGAACUUCCAAACGGAAGUAA